AUGUCUUGGGUACGAUCAGUAGCCAUUAGGACGGCGCUUUGCCGUCAGGUUCGGUCGAGAUACCAAUCAUAUGGAAGCACCAGGCUCUUCUCCUCCUCUUUGCGAAGCUGGGAGGAACCAGAAGUUGUCACAAAAACUCCCAAGGCUGAUAUUGACCAUGAGGCUGUCAAAGCUCAUCAAGAAUCUUCCCCAUUGAAAAGCAUUGAGGUGCCGUUUACUUCGCUCGAAGCAUCGAGAAAGUUUGACAAAUCGAUCUUUAGAGGACUCUACAACAGCAAAAUGAAGAAUAUGACCGUGGUGCAACAACGUGCCAUCAUGCCUAUGAUGGAUACCAAGACCGGAGUUGUUGUCCGUGCCAAGACCGGUACUGGUAAAACAUUAGCGUUCGCUCUUCCAUGUAUACAGGCGGCGCUUGAGAACCCACAGCAGACCCAAAAGGGACGAAUUCAAGCACUUGUGGUGGCACCAACCAGAGAUUUAGCACUUCAAAUCGAGGCAGAAUUCAAGAAAGUUUUACAACACCAGACCCGUAAUGUUCAUCGCAAGACAGAUACGUUUGUAUUGAUCGGUGGACGUAAGAACGAUCUUCACCCAAAAGCCAAGGCUGCUAUUGUCAUUGCUACUCCUGGUCGUUUGGAAGCAAUUCUCCGUGAUCCUAGAAUGUUGCCCAUGUUUUCAGAUUUGAAAUACCGGGUUUAUGAUGAGGCAGAUAGACUCUUGGACCAAGGGUUUGCUCCUACCUUGGAGGUGAUUGAGGAAAGAUUGCGCGAUGCCAAGGCGGAAGCACUUGAACCAGACAACCACUUUAAGACAGCUCUCUUUAGUGCAACUGUGGAUGAUGCCGUAACCAACUUUGCCCAUGAAACCAUUGGAAAGGAGUAUGAAUACAUCAAUUGUGUCGACAAAGACGCAGAAGAAAGUCACGAGAACAUUCAUCAAGGUAUAGUGAGAACACAGUCUAUCAAAGAUUCCUUUGAAGCUUCGUUUUCUUACAUUCUCAACCAUAUCAACGACAAAUAUUUCAAAGCAAUUGUGUUUUUGCCCACAAUUACAGGUACUGAGUACUACUACCGGGUGUUACAACGUGCUAAGAGAGAAGAGUUAUAUGAUAGUGAAACGGCCACCAAAAAGUAUGGCUCAAGAAUUUUACGUCUUCAUGGAAAGAUGUCUCAAUCUGCAAGAGACCGUACCGUGAAAGAGUUCAGACGGACAUCACAUGGUGUUUUGGUUUGUACAGACGUAGCUGCCAGAGGAUUGGAUUUCAACGAUGUCAGUCAUGUUAUUCAAAUGUGUCCAAGUUCUUCUGUUGCUGAUUAUAUUCACAAGAUUGGACGUACCGCUAGAGCUGGUGCUCGUGGUAAAGCCAGAAUUUUCAUUUCUGAACCUGAAAUGAAAUUUAUUGAAACGUUACAACGUGAGAGAGGAAUUGUAUUCAAGGAAGACACCGAAUAUGUCAAAGAUGAAACAUCACCAGACCAUUUCCAGAGAUUAGGUUCUUACGAGCAAGACGCCCUUGAGGAGUUCUUGCGUACCUUCUUAGGUUUUGCUGCUUCAGUUUCAGGUGUGUACCGAUUCAACAAGCAACGAAUUGUUGAGGAAUCGUUUGCGUUAUACAGACACAUUUUGAACGAUCCUUCUGCGAAGCUUAGUGUUGGGCGCCGAUUUGUCUCUGAAGUCUUGCGUAUGCCAGGACGUGAUGCUGCCGAAUUCUUUGAUGUUCCAGGUGGUUUCGACAUGAGACUGUCCAACGAUCGCAAGAGCAAGAGAACAUUUAUGGGUGAUGGUGGCUCCAGAUCUGACCGUGGAUUCAGCAAUGACAGAUAUGGUAAUAGCGGUCGCCUGUACAAUAAGAGUCGUCUGUUCGAUCGUAAUGAUCGUUCGUACGGCAAUGAUCGCUCUUACAGUAAUGACAGAAAGUCGUAUGGAAACAAGUCGUAUGGAGACAAAUCUUAUGGUAACAAAGCCUAUGGGGACAAAUCAUAUGGAGACAAAUCCUAUGGAGACAAAUCUUAUGGUAAAUCCUAUGGCAACAGAUCUAACGACAGAAGCUUCAGUCGCGGCAAUGACAGAGGUGGCUACGAAAAGAGAAACUAUGGAUCUCAGUCAAGAAACACAUAUGGCCGCAGAGACGAUAGCGACGAGUAG